UUUUUGUUUUCUGUUUCUUUAAAUUAAAUAGAUGUUAUUUUGUAAUUAUUUAGGAAGAAAUAUGAGAAAUUUUUUUUUUUAAAGAUCAUGUGUAGAUUUUCAGCCAGAUUAUUUUCAUUAACAUCAUCAUCAUUAUCAUCUUCAUUAUUGUUACGUUUGCAACCAAAAUUCCGAUAUAAUAAUCAAAGAUUUUUAUUAUCAACAAUAUCAAACGAUAAUCAAUAUCGUUAUCGUGAUCAUAAAUGGACCAAAUAUUAUUCAUUAUAUGGACGUAUUGCGUUUGUAACUUUAUCAAUAUAUUCAUCAUAUGAAUUAUAUUUCAAACGAAAAUGGUUACUAUUUGCCAAAGAAAACAGUCAAAACAAUUUAAAAAUUAUUCCAGGUUUACCAGUUGACGGAUUACCUGUUUAUUCAUUAGCUGAUGUGGCCAAACAUAAUGAUCCAACAACCGAUUUAGGUGUAUGGAUCGUAUAUAAAGCUGGUGUAUAUGAUGUAACACCGUUCUUGACUGAACAUCCAGGUGGUGAUAAUAUUUUGCUUGGUGCCGGUAAUUCUGUUGAACCAUUUUGGAAAGUUUAUAGUCAACAUCAUACGCAACAGGUUUAUGAAAUUCUUGAAUCAUAUCGAAUUGGUAAUCUUCGAAAAGAAGAUCGCUUAAAACCGGAUAAAAAUGCUGAUGAUUUAUUUGAAUUUAUUCCUGAACGUGAUCAAUCAUUAUUGAUACAUCAUGAUAAACCUUUUAAUGCUGAAACACCCGGUGAAAUAUUAAUACAAAAUUUUCAUACACCAAAUGAAAAAUUUUUCAUACGUAAUCAUCUUUCAGUUCCACGUGUUGAUGCUGAUGAUUAUAUUCUUGAAAUUGAAGGUUAUGGUUUGAAUGAUACAUUUGAAUUUAAUUUGGAACAAUUGAAAACAUUGUUUCCAAAACAUACUGUAACCAGUGUUAUACAAUGUGGUGGUAAUCGACGUGAUGAUCUAAAUAAGGUAAAACAAGUAAAAGGAAUUGGAUGGAAAUUAGGUGCAAUCGGUAAUACUCGAUGGAGUGGUGCUAAAUUAAUCGAUGUAUUACAUUAUUGUCAAGCUAAGCUUGAUCAUCCAUCAAUUAAACAUGUACAAUUUGAAGGAUUAGAUUUGGAUGCUACUUCUGCACCUUAUGGUGCUAGUGUACCAGCUGAUAAAGCUUUAGAUCCGAAUGCUGAAUUUAUAUUAGCAUAUGAAAUGAAUGGUGAACCAUUGCCUGCUGAUCAUGGUUUUCCUGUUCGAUUAAUUGCACCAGGUAUUGUUGGUGCACGAAAUGUUAAAUGGCUUAGUAGAAUUAUUUUGAGCGAUGAUGAAUCAACAUCACAUUGGCAACGUAAUGAUUAUAAAAGUUUUCCAUCAGAUAAAACACAAGCCACUCCAGAAGAAUUUGCUCAUGCAUAUGCUAUUCAAGAGAUGCCAAUUCAAUCGGCUAUUUGUUUACCAAAACCGGAUGAACAAGUGAAAAUUGUUUGGAAAGAAUUUGAUGGUCGAAUGCAACCAGUCAUUGAAGCAUCAGGUUAUGCAUGGAGUGGUGGUGGACGAUCAGUAAUACGUGUUGAUUUAUCAAUAGAUAAUGGCCAUACAUGGCAUGUAGCAAAUCUUGAACAAGAAACACCAACCAAAGGUUCAACACAUACAUAUUCAUGGACAUUAUGGCAAAUAGAUUUACCAUUAAAAAAUGAACAAUUAUUUCAAGGUAAUCAAAUACAAAUUAUAUGUCGUGCAUUUGAUUCAAGUCACAAUACACAACCAUCAAAAAGUGAAGAAAUUUGGAAUUUUCGUGGACUUUUAAAUAAUUCAUGGCAUCGUGUUAAUAUCAUUAUCGAUUAAACAAACAACAAAAAA